AUUCUUGACAUCUUCGGAUUCGAGGAUAUCGGUGCGCAGUGGAACUCAUUUGAACAACUUUGUAUUAAUUAUGCAAACGAGCAUCUGCAAGCUUAUUUCAAUCAACAUAUUUUCCAGUUUGAACAGAGCAAACCCUAUGGGAUCUUACGACUGAUCGAUGAGGAGAGUAACAUCAAUAACGGAACCGAUGAAUCGAUGUUGGAUAAGCUGAAUUGCUUUUUGAAGAAUAACGAAUACUACGAGAUACCACAGAAACGAGAAUCGGCGUUUACUGUGGCUCAUUAUGCUGGCAAAGUGAAAUAUCAGAUUGCGGGUUUUCGUGAGAAGAAUAAAGAUCUCAUGCGGCAGGAUGUUCUUAUGACAAUCAAGAAAAGCAAAAGCGCAUUUGUUCGAGGAUUAGUCGGUGAUGAUCCAGUUGCGGUGUUCCGGUGGAACAUGAUCCGAGCAACAUUUCAGGCAGUGAAUGCUUUCCGGCAGGCUGGUAAACUGAUGGCAAAAGCAGAUAGCAUGGAACAUCUGAAUUUGCCUCAAAGUGCCAAUGCAACACUAAAGCGAGUUGGCUCGGACGUACAUCUCAGUGCAUUCUUGCGUGGUGAAAUAACGCCCGAAUUAGUACCCGAUUUCUGCGACACAUCGUUUUUCAAAACGAUCGCUACGCAUGCACGCAAGCCGCCCGGAAUGCAAGCCGAAGAUCGACACAGCGCCUUGAAGACUUUACAGUGUGCUGUUUUCAUCGUUUAUACCCAAAAACUUGCUUCAUUUUAA